AUGGAGGGAGACGUCAUGGACAAAUUGGAGGACAUGGCCUCAGUGUGUGAGUUCGACCCCAUAACUGGGAAUAUCCCAGCCACAAAAGUGGAGAUCACCGUCUCUUGCAGAGACCUGUUAGAUCGAGACACAUUCUCCAAGUCGGAUCCACUGUGUAUCCUUUACACCCAAGGAGUGGAGUCGAAGCAGUGGCGAGAGUUUGGGAGAACAGAAGUGAUUGACAACACGCUAAACCCAGACUUUGUCAGGAAGUACAUCCUGGACUACUUCUUUGAGGAGAAGCAGAAUCUUCGCUUUGACAUAUAUGACAUAGACUCCAAAAGCCCUGAUCUGUCCAAGCACUCCCCCGAAUUAAACGAUUUCUUGGGUCAGGCCUUCUGCACUCUUGGUGAGAUUGUUGGUUCGCCGGGCAGUCGUCUGGAAAAGCCUCUGGGUGGCAUUCCUGGGAAGAAAUGUGGCACUAUCAUUCUAACUGCCGAAGAACUUGGAAACUGCAGGGAUUGUGUCACCAUGCAGUUUUGUGCCAACAAACUUGACAAGAAAGACUUCUUUGGACGCUCAGACCCCUUUAUGGUAUUCUACAGGAGCAAUGAGGAUGGAACGUUCACCAUCUGCCAUAAGACUGAGGUGGUGAAGAACACACUGAACCCUGUUUGGCAGCCCUUCUCUAUUCCUGUACGGGCACUUUGCAAUGGAGACCAUGACAGGUCUAUUAAAGUGGAAGUCUAUGACUGGGACAGAGAUGGCAGCCAUGACUUCAUCGGUGAAUUCACCACAAGCUACAGGGAGCUGUCACGAGGCCAGAGUCAGUUCAACGUCUAUGAGGUUGUUAAUGCAAAAAAGAAACUGAAGAAAAGAAGAUACAUCAACUCUGGAACGGUGACUUUGCUUUCAUUCUCUGUGGAGGCUGAACACACCUUCCUUGACUACAUCAAGGCUGGAACCCAGAUCCAUUUCACUGUGGCCAUUGAUUUCACUGCCUCUAAUGGCAACCCAUCCCAGUCCACGUCUCUACAUUACAUGAACCCUUACCAGAUGAACGCCUAUGCCAUGGCCCUAAAGGCUGUAGGGGAGAUCAUUCAGGACUAUGACAGUGAUAAGAUGUUCCCUGCCUUGGGUUUCGGAGCAAAACUGCCCCCUGACGGGAGGGUCUCCCACGAAUUCCCCCUGAAUGGCAACAUUGAGAAUCCAUACUGCAACGGAAUGGAGGGCAUUUUAGAAGCUUACCACCAGAGCCUUAAAACCGUCCAGCUUUAUGGACCUACCAACUUUGCCCCCGUCGUCAACCAUGUAGCGAGAUAUGCAGCGGCAGUGCAGGAUGGGUCUCAGUACUUUGUCCUACUCAUCAUUACAGAUGGAGUCAUAUCGGAUAUGGCCCAGACCAAGGAGGCCAUAGUCAAUGCUGCAAAACUGCCCAUGUCAAUAAUCAUUGUUGGAGUUGGACAAGCUGAAUUUGAUGCCAUGGUCGAGUUGGACGGUGAUGACAUCAGAAUUUCCUCAAGAGGAAAGCUGGCAGAAAGAGAUAUUGUACAGUUUGUCCCAUUCCGAGACUACAUGGACCGGACGGGCAACCACGUUCUGAGCAUGGCUCGACUGGCUAAGGACGUCCUGGCUGAGAUCCCCGAUCAGUUAAUCUCCUACAUGAAGUCAAGGGGCAUCAAGCCCAAUCAGACUCCACCAGAUUACAGCCCGUCAGGACACAGCCCACCCACAGCCAUAUGA